AUGACCCAAGCGGACAACCAGUGCUCGGCCAUCCCUGACGUUGAUUUUCCAGGCAACGACAUCAAGACGACGGACCGCGCCAAUCCCGGCGACUGCUGCGCCGACUGCCUGGCCACCCCUCGAUGUACCGCGUACAACUGGGACAGCGGCGUUUGCUACUUGAAGUCUUCGCAAGGCACCAUGUCACCGCUUCCGGGUGGAGUGUCUGGUGUCGUCGUCAAGACGACCCCUGCCCCCACAACCGUAGCGCCGACGACGAUGGCCCCGACUUCUGCACCGACCAAGGCCCCAACUUCUGCACCGACCAAAGCCCCUACAGCAGCACCUACCCCGGCGCCCACGGUCGCCCCGUCGUGCAAGCGCAUCCGCAAGUCAUGGGAAGCCCUCACCGCCGCCGAGAAGGAUACGUACAUUUCCGCGAUCGAGCUCGCCAUGGACAAGGGCAUGUACCAAAAGUUUGUCGAGAUUCACAAGGAAACCAUGAGCACGACCGAAGCCCACGGGACGUGCACGAUCGACAUUCACAACGACCCGCUGGUCGGCGAAUUCUUUCGCGCCGUGCCCAACCAGUACUACCAAUUUGCCGAUGUCCGCGGGCUGGGUUACUCGUUUGAACUCAAGGGGCUCCUCGGGGACCUGUACACGAAAUGCGACGGCUCUGUCCCCAUGGCGAUGCCCCGCACAGAAUCCGCUUCCAACGCGACGACGCUUACAAUCGACCACGUCGUUCAGCCCGUCACGCUCCAGGAGAACUUGAACGUGCUGUCGUUCGAGGACGCCGUGCUGGCGCAGGCAGCCAAGCAAGGGCUCACUCGCGACCAAGGAUUCAAGGAAUUGCGCAAGAUGACAAUCAUGCUGCAGCAAAACUGCCUCACUGGCGACGUCACCGAUUUCACGGACGAGCAAAAGAAGAUGUUCCAUGUCCAAGUGUCGCCGUCGUUUGCGAUUCUGUCCAAGAUUCAGUCGGGGGAAGACCCGAUUCGAAUCGACGGGUGGACCGACCUCCUCUUCAAGUACUAUGGCUGCCACGGCAACGUCAAGGAGCAGUAG